AUGGAGAAAACGCCAACGAUCAUCGCCACUAGCGGCGUCUGUACGGUCAGUAAGCUGUAUCCCACACCACAGCGAUUGACGCCGACGGGGAAGAUCAGCCAUGCUAAGACUCGUGUGUACACACAGCGCUAUCGUAAGGAAUGGGAGCAGAUGCCAGACUUCAAAGGGUGGCUGACUUCGAUGCCACUUCAGCCAACUCGUGCUUUCUGUAAGUAUUGUAAGAAGGAUCUUCACGCGCACCGGUUAUCUUUGUUGAAGCACACGUGUACGAUGAAGCAUCAGCGCGCCGCUCUGCUGAUCAAUCCGGACAAGAAGACUACAGAGAAUCUUCCGACAGAACAGGCGGAAGAUAACGAUGAUGACAGCGAAUAUGUUGUCGAGAGAUUGGAUUUAGACGAGGACGAUACAAUACAGGAGAAAUUAGACGUGGAACCUUCGGAAGUAACUAUAGAUGAAAUAGAGCAGAAAGAAUCAAGCGACAAUCUUUGCUUGCAACUGCAACUGUCUGAUGAAGAGGAACACAAACCCGUAAUUAAGAAGAUCGAAUUAUCCGAGGAGAAGGACGCACUGGCCGAGGCAAUGGCUCACGUUCACGGCGAGUAUCUCGAGAUGGAAGAGGAAGAUGAAAACAACGUCGAGUUGGAGAUGGUGGUAGAGGAAGAGGCACUUAACCCCGAAAUAGAGGUAAUAUUACCUGAUGUGAUUACCGAUGAAAUUAAAGAGAAGUCGAAGGAAUUCGAGACCGGGAAGACUCCGCGUCAUAUGGAGUUGAAAGCCGUUGACAAGAAGUCAGCAAAAAAACUCCUUACAAACAAUAAGGGCGAUGUAAUAGUUGCAUCUUUACCUGUACUGGAGACGACGUAUCAAUUGAACAACUCGAUAUCAUCGACUCAGGACGGCAACAUCAUACCGGCUACGAGUACUCCGAACAGAACCAUUACUCUGACGUCUGGUGGCAAGACAUUAACUUUGACUGGCGGCACAUUCCAACCAGGCACGCAAUACGUCCUGAGUAAGAUCAAGGGUAGCAAGUUGCCCACAUUGAUGAUGGCUGACAACAAGAAGCCCAUCGUCGCCAUAAACCAAUCCGAUACCAGCAAAACUGUUCAACUAACCACCAUGUUAGAGUCGGCGACUACUCCCAGCACUAGUCAACAGUCGAGUAAGAAGUCGUCUUCGUUGAAAACGAAAAUUAUACCGAAAAGAUUGCAUAUUUCUACUCACGUAGUGGAUAUUACCAAAGGCCUACCAGUUAGUGGCUUGCAAGUCAGUCUAUACAAACUGCUGGAUGGCAGAUGGACAUUUAUGAACGAAAGCAACACUAAUGCGAAUGGACGUUGCAUUGAUUUGUUGGAACACAGCGCCAAGUCGGGCAACAUGGCAGGCCGCUACAAGAUCCACUUUGAUGUUGAUAAGUAUUUUACGUUGAGGCGAAUAGAGACCAUGUAUCCAUUCAUCGAGAUUGUGUUUGACGUGAAGAAUCCGCUCGGCCAUUAUCACAUCCCCAUUUUAUUGAGUCCUUUCGGUUAUAGUACAUAUCGCGGCUCUUAAAGCUAAUUUCCCGUUGAAUAUUUUAGAAACUGUGAAGUAAAAUGUUUCAUCAUAUCGUGAAAGUUUACUUCAAAAAUAUUAAUUAUUUCUUACGAACAUAAAAUAACAUGUAAAAUAUAACAUUACACAAUCUACUAAGAUAUCAAGUUUGCUUUUACAAGACUAGGUUUUUGCAAAUCUCGAAUUAUUCAAGUCUCAGCACAUGAUGAAUUAUUCAAGUUAUUCUACUAAAUAUAUUCGUACCUAGACAACAUAAUGUCUAAAAUCGGGACAUAAAUAUAAUCUUUAAGACGCCUUAAAGACAUUUAUACGUAAAUCGUUUGAAAGACAUUUUAAAGACGAUCUUUAAGACGUCUUAUGUCCCGAUUUUAGACAUUAUGUUGUCUGGGUAUAUAAUGUAUACUAUUUUGCGCUUAUGGAUAAGUUUAUCCCUGCUAUUGUUGUGCGUUAAAUUAUAAAAUUUCCUCAAAUUUUUGUCAUAAGAUUUUAUUAAUGUUUAUUUUCAUUGGGAUUUAUUUUCAUUUUGUUGAAACCCUAUAUUGCUUUUACAUAAUACUAAAUUUGUUUGUCUGCUUUCCAUAGUUUCUCUUUAAUCAUUAUAAGAAAUAUAUUGGAUGUCCGACACGACGCAUAUGUUCUCUUGUGUGCAAGUAGAAAAUCGUCCAACGAAAAAUCUCUAUUUUGCGAUGCGUAAAGAGCUCGUUCUAUCGCAUCACGUGCACUUAUUUACUCUGAUUUUUUAUCAUUAAUAUCUCAAAAAUUCACAUGGUUGUUUGUAGAAUAAUAGAGGACAUUUUUGUUUGAUGAAUUCUACUUAUACAUGAGAGGAUAUAUGCGUUACGUCGGACAUUCGGAUGUGUAAAAUGUGAGUUAUUUAAAUUUAGUUGCUAAAUACGUGUGAUUUUUGUGAAACUACUUGUACGAAAAAUAAUCCAUGGCCGUUAUGUGACAAAUAUUUAAUUUUAGGGAUGAGAUGCACAUGAAAAUUACAAAACAUAAUAGUCUAUGUAAGGUUAUAUUAUUCUAAUAUGAGUAAGAUAGAAAAUAAAUGCUGAUAAUAUUAAUAUUGUACGGAAACAAAUAGUAAAAACUUCGCAAAUUUUAAGUAUCCUGAAAAAGAAUCUAAAGUAUUUCUAAAAUGCUUCUAAAUUGGUAAUAAUAUUCUUAUAAUAAGUCUUAAGAAAGAUUUUUAAUGGAAGAAUAA